ACGAAGACUUGGUAAAACAUUACUCUACUAGAGAGAGGGAGCGAGAGAGAGAGAGAGCGAACAUUUGAUGGCCAACCGUUUUGUCUCUCCAAAAAAACUCCUCCAAACAGCCCGCCUCCGCUCUCUCUCCACCCGCCCCCUCAACUCCGCCGCCCCCUCCUCCCUCACCGCCGCCUCCCCCCUCACCUUAGAAGAAAAACCCAUCACCACCACCACCACCACCACAACCACCCGUUUCACCACCACCUCUUCAAACUCGAUCAUCAAUCUUGAUGACACCAAGUCCCUCUUCUCGUCCGUCUCCACCACGAAGCUCCUCCGGUCGGUGAUCAACCUCCACGCGGCCGCCGUCGAGCCUAUGGUCGAUCUGGGCAUGUGGGUUAUGAACUCCAAGCUCAUGGAUACGGGUUUGCUGCGCGGGGUGAUCAGGCACACGUUUUUCGAGCACUUUUGCGCCGGUGAGAACCCAGCCGAGGCGUGCAGGAAAGUGAGCGAGAUUUCGGAUUCUGGGCUCAGAGGGAUGCUGGUUUACGCGUUGGAACAUGCGGGUGAUAACGAGUCGUGUGAUCGGAAUCUGGAUGGGUUUCUUCGGACGGUUGAAGCCGCGAAAUCGCUGCCCCGAUCUUCUGUAAGCUGUGUGAUAGUGAAGAUCACUGCAAUUUGCCCCAUUGGUUUGCUCAAAAGAGUAAGUGAUCUACUGAGAUGGGAAUACAAAAAUGAAUCUUUCCAACUUCCAUGGAAGCUCAACACCCUUCCGAUUUUCUCCGAUUCCAGCCCAUUUUAUCACACACCAAGAAAACCAGACCCUUUAACCCAAGACGAAGAGCAAGACCUCUACUUAGGCCAUCAGAGACUGCAAGAACUUUGUGAAAAAUGCUUAGAAGCCAAUGUCUCUUUAUCAAUCGAUGCAGAGGACACCUCCGUUCAACCCUCGAUCGAUUACUUCACUUAUUCAGCCGCAAUCAGGUACAACAAGGACGAUAACCCUAUCGUUUACGGGACGAUUCAAUCUUAUUUGAAAGAUGCCAAGGAAAGAUUGCACUUGGCUUCAAGUGCCGCGGAGAAAAUGGGAGUGCCUAUGGGGUUUAAGUUGGUUAGGGGAGCUUAUAUGUCUAGUGAAAGGAAACUAGCUUCUUCUUUGGGAGUUGAGUCCCCUAUCCACAACACUAUUGAUCAAACACAUGCAUGUUUCAAUGACUGUGCCACUUUCAUGCUUGAGAAGACAGCGAAUGGCUCCGGUGCUGUUGUUCUUGCAACCCACAAUUUAGAAUCUGGAACCAAGGCAGCAGAGAAAGCGCGAGAACUGGGGAUCGAAAAGGAAAAACAGAAGCUUCAAUUUGCUCAGCUGUAUGGAAUGGCUGAUACACUUUCCUUUGGCCUGAGAAAUGCUGGGUUCCAAGUUAGCAAGUAUAUGCCUUUCGGACCUGUGGAGCUAGUUAUGCCUUACCUUCUUAGGAGAGCUGAAGAAAAUAGAGGGCUCUUAUCUGCAUCCACACUUGACAGACAACUCUUGAGGGGAUCGGAUUUUCAAACGUUAUAUGUUUAUAUUUCUUCUGGUUACAGGAAGGAGUUGCAGAGGAGACUGAAAGCUGCAAUUCUUUAAGGUGUGAAAUUGGUGAGAAGGCGAUUAGUUUCAAACAACCACCAAGCUGGAAACUCGAUCAGCAUUACAUGGAGAAAUAAGAACUAGCUUUGGGUCUUUUGUGGGUUCUCUCAUUGUGUUUGUGGGGGAUUAUUGCUCACCAAAGGGAUACUUGGAACAUUGUUUCCAGUAUCAUUUGAAUGCCAAGCAACAAGUUAACAUGGAUUUCAGCCUUCCAUUAUUUCCAAGCUGAUGAUAUAUCAGUGUGUUUGUUUAUAACUUGAACUUGAAUGGAAGAAGGAGGAUCCGUGUGUUGUUGUGAUGAAUAAAAUCUCUUUGUACAUGCA